AUGGUCAAGCGCAUGCCUUUUUUAGAACUUCUCCAUACUGACAUCUCAACUCUCAGUUCAAAAUAUGCCGUUUCUGGAGCCAUGUCGCCUCUACAGAUUGCGCUUGUACUGCAAAUGCAAUGCAAGGAGAUGCAAGAAGACCGCUACUUGAGCCAACUCCCCGCCAUGGAAAGCCAACCUCUUUCUCUCAAGGGUGACUAA